CCCCUUUCGCCUCCCAUCCAGCAUCUCCCUUCCCUUGGACCGGGGACCGCGUUUUUCCGUUCCCCUUUCCCAGCAUGAAAGGGCUGCUACUCGCCUCUCUUCAGUCCUCUGUGUAACAGGAUCGAUGAUGGCUGUAACUUAAUCCUGGUCAAGGCUGGAGUAAUUCUGGAGCUGUAGCACCAUGGAGAAGCCCACGUUUGUUGAAGGCUGUGAAUCCAAACCAGACCAACGUAGCUUGGCCAGGACUGUUCCUAGCAUUUGUUGUGCGACUGAGAAGUGCUUGCUGUUGAGGGAUGGUGCAGGAAACGGCAUACCCGCUGGUGCCUAGAACUCUGAAGGGUGCUGUAGUUCCAAAGUCUGGUCCAGGAGAGAGAUGCCAGCUUUGGAAGUGAUGGGAACUUGUGAGGUGGCUCCUAAAAUGGCCAUGAGUUCAAGCGGGGAGGGAAAUAAGGAAACCGAAACUUCCUGGAAAGGAAGCAACGAGCAAGAUAAUAGUGGCUUGCACUUUGCUGGCUACAGUGUCUGUAGUGACGAAACUGGCUCUUGUAACUGUCUGGGAGAUACCUCUGACCUGUCCGGAACUUAUUCAGAGAAGGGGAAUCAUUUGUGUGGCAUUAAUUGCCAACAUUGGGAUUCAGACUCCAAGGAGAAGGAUGCAUCAAAGUUACUGCAGGGUGAGGAGGAAGAUGUCAAAGAUGACAUGGUGUCAAAGGCCAAGGAGGAACUUCCUGACUGUACUAGGGCUUCUGGUGGAAGGAAGAUUGCUCGGCAGCAAAGACACCGUUCUGCAGCAAAAGACAAGGGGGAAGGGCAGUUAUCUGGAGGGAAACAGAAGCAAAGUAGAAAGAGGAGUGAUGGGGGGAGGUACCGUGUCCGAGCUGAGCUGCUCAGGCACCUGGAAGGGUUGGCCUCUUUCUGCAUCUUGUGCUUCAAAUUGUUCAUCCGCCUGAUUGUGCAGGUCACCCACAGGUGUGGUGAGGGUGUGGAGGCUGGCGGAAGGUUCCUCUACUCUUGUUGUUCCUUCAGUCAACGUGACAUCGACACCAUCCAAACCGGCAUGCAGAUUUGGAUCCAGCAGGCUAAGCUGGGUUUUAGGAAACUAAUGCGACAGCUGGGCUCUUGGGCAAGCCUGACUUACCACCUGCUCAAGAUGCUCUGUGCUGUAUUUUUUCUGGUGCUCAUGCUUAUCUUUGGUAGCCUGAGACUCUGCUGGCAGGUCUCAAAGUCAGCUCUGCUUCGUGUCUUGGGGAGAUUGGCUCACACCCGCCAGGGGGCCUGGCUUCUCUCGACUCUCGACGUGCCCAAAGUUUGGGCUUUCUUCAGACAGAGCAGGAGUUGCACGUGGGUGGCAAGUCUGUGGCAUAAGUGUCAUGACUUCCUUCAAAUGCCCAAAGGACUAAGGACCAACCAGCCAGGUGAUGCUACUUUUGGUGGGUCUCCUGGUGAAUCUGGGCAAUAUCAGCCUGGAGAAGCGGUGGCACAUUUGCUAGCUAUGGCACACACCCCUGAAGAAGAGCUCAACCCCUUCCAGGUGUUAGGUGUGGAAGCAACGGCAUCGGACGCGGAGCUGAAGAGAGCUUAUCGGCAAUUGGCUGUACUGGUUCACCCAGACAAGAAUAAGCAUCCGCAGGCAGAGGAGGCAUUCAAGGUGUUACGGGCCGCAUGGGAUAUCGUCAGCAAUCCUGAGAGGAGGAAGGAAUAUGAAAUCAAACGCAUGGCAGAAACAGAGCUGACCAAAUCAAUGAACGAGUUCCUUUCCAAACUGCAGGACGACCUGAAAGAAGCCAUGAACACCAUGAUGUGCAACAAAUGCCAGGGGAAACACAAGAGGUUUGAGAUGGACCGUGAUCCAUUGAAUGCCCGAUACUGCGCAGACUGUAGCAAGCUUCAUGCAGCCGAGGAGGGUGACUUCUGGGCUGAAUCUAGCAUGCUAGGACUGAAGAUCACAUAUUUUGCCAUGAUGGAUGGAAAGGUUUAUGACAUCACAGAAUGGGCCGGCUGUCAGCGAGUGGCCAUUUCCCCAGAUACUCAUCGGGUUCCAUAUCACAUAUCUUUUGGAUCAAGGGGCUCCGGGGGACGCCAGAGGGCUGCAUCAGAUGGCAAUCCUGCUUCACCUGCGGAACUGCAGGAUUUCUUCAACCGCAUCUUUCAAGGAAAUCCUGGACAGGUGCCGAACGGGAACCUUUUCAGCACUCCCCAGCCACCAUCCUCGGGGGGUGUGCCAACACCGUCAAAAGUCGACAGCGCUUCCCAGAAGGGAGAUUCAAAGCAAAGCGGCCGGAAGAAGUGCAGUCAGCCCUUUCAAAGGCUUUGAGGCAUUACAGGUACGGGAAGUCUCCCAGGGCUGCAUAGAUGCGGGGCUUCUCAUCAGGUAGCAAAAGGGCUGUUUCAGAGGGGGGGUAGGGAAUGUGUUAUUGUUAGUGUCAAAAAUCCAGAUGAUUCAGGACCCUCUGGACUAAUAAUCCAGUAACUUCCAGCUGGAAAAAGACACUUCCUUCUCCACUGCAAAUGUUGACACAGAUCCCGUGAUACCAAAGAACUCCAGUGGACGGCCUCCAGGAGGCGACAUAACGAAGGUCUAGGAUGGCCAGAUGCAGAUCAGUAGUGCGGUCAUGGGAUCUCUCUACGGUGACUUUCUCAAUGGGAUGCUUCCACAAUUUCCCAGUUUCCCCUUCAGCAGGGGUGUGGCUCAAAACAGGAAGUAUAACCCAGCUGUACAGCCUUUUCCUCUAGGAUGGACUGGAGCGGCGUCCCCUUUUUGCUACAUUUGUCCUCCAAUCAAAGGCCCUCCUGUUACCUUGCAGCUAAAAGAAAAGCCAAGCCCUCCAAGCUGACCAGCUGCCCAGAGAAGAAUUGGGUUUGACUUGGGGUCAUUUUGUGAUAUGUCCAUGCCUCAUUGCUGCGCAAGAUCAACAAUAAUCCU